AUGCCUUCGUACUUGAUCACCGGAGCAUCUCGGGGCUUGGGUGUGAGUACAGUAUCUAACCUCAUAGGAGCGAUGCUAAAACGUAAUACAGUCAUCGGACUCGUUCGCGACAAACCCGCAACCGAGAAGAAGGUUACGGAGGAGCUGGAAUUCCGCCUAAACAUCCACAUCUUGAGGGCGGACAUAACCGACUACGAAGGGCUACAGGCAGCAUCAGCUCAGACCGCGAUCAUCACCGGUGGAGGUCUCGACUACCUUAUCGCGAAUGCAGGCUACGUGUCGAAGUUCGAUGCAUAUGAUGGAAUUGGUGCUCUGGGCGAGCAGCCCAAAGCGCUGGAAGAAGACCUCACGCACUGCUUUCGAGUCAACGUCCUGGGCAAUAUCCAUCUGUUCAACGUCUUCCUGCCCCUGAUUCUCCAGGGCGAGGCCAAGAAAGUCAUCGCUCUCUCCACCGGCUUGGCGAAUUUGAGCCUUAUCCCGAAGUAUAAUGUGGAGGUAGCGUCGCUGUAUGCCAUCAGAAAGGCGGGGUUGAACACUGCGGUGGCCAAGUUCAGCGCGCAGUAUGCCAAACAGGGGGUGCUGUUCAUGAGCAUUUGUCCCGGCAUGGUGGAAAUGGGCUAUUUCACAGACGGCUUGGUAGGCAUGCUUAAGGCUUUUCGCGAGUAUGCCCCUCACUUCCGCGGCCCCAGUAGCCCCAAAGCAGCCGUGCGAGAUGUGCUCUCGGUGAUGCACAGAGCCAGUGUUCAGAACGGAGAUGGCGGCACCUUCGUCUCGCAUUAUGGGACUCAGCAGUUUCUCUGA